CAUAAUAUCCACUAUAUCCGACCAAUUGAAGUACCCGGCUACACUGACACGAGCCGAGGGAGGCCCACCACUUUGAUCAGACGGAAAAGUAAAAAGCUAAACAUUUUUACCCGCCUUGGACCAGCUCGAAAUCACGACCACAACAAAGAGUUUUGAGCAGAAAGUGCGACACCGUUUGUUUUUUCUUUGAGAAUGUGGCGAUAAACCUGAGGUUAGAGAGAAGAAGAAAAAAAAGGCGGAUUGCGGCUCAUUGAACGAUCAACAAGUUGAAGUGUGUUUGAUGGAGAGAACUACAUGAAAUCCCCUCCGCCACAACAGGAACAGAGGACGAGCAGCAGCAGUAGAGAGGAGACAUUUUAAGACGACGGUACCCGCAUACAGCGAAGUGAAGAGAGAUGUUGUCUCAGCUGAGAGAGCAGAUAUGGGCCGAUUGGAUUUGGUUUCCAGAAGGCCACGGCUGGGCCGACCUGAAGGACCACGAUGGUCAUGUUUUCCCUAAAACAGGGGACCUCUGGGCUACUAUACCCAUCGCUUUCUGCUUCCUGAUCUGCAGACAGAUAUUCGAGAGGACAGUAGCGACUCCUCUUGCCUCCCUGUUGGGAGUGAGUGACAAGCAGCGUGUUCGUGCUCCUCCAAAUCCCGUCCUGGAGUCCUAUUUCUGCAGCACAUCAAAGCAUCCCACACAGAGCUCCAUAGAGAGUUUAAGUAAACAGGCGGGCUGUUCAGUGCGACAGGUCCAGAGGUGGUUCAGGCGGCGGAGGAACCAGGACCGGCCAAGCAAGCUCAAAAAAUUUCGGGAAGCAAGUUGGAGAUUUACCUUUUACCUUCUUGCUUUCUUUGCUGGCCUGGCAGUCCUUAUUGACAAACCAUGGCUGUAUGAUAUGAAGCAGAUGUGGGAUGGCUUCCCGAAAAUGCCACUGUUGCCUUCACAGUACUGGUACUACAUGAUCGAGCUAGGCUUCUAUCUCUCGCUGCUUUUUAGCGUAGCAUCGGAUGUCAAACGUAAGGAUUUCAAAGAGCAGAUAAUUCACCAUGUAGCCACCAUCGCCCUCAUCAGUUUCUCCUGGCUGGUCAACUACAUCCGGGCAGGGACUUUGAUCAUGUUAGUGCAUGACGCCUCUGACUAUUUAAUGGAGUCAGCCAAAAUGUUCAACUACGCAGGUUGGAGGAAAACUUGCAACUUCAUCUUCACAGUGUUCGCUGCAGUUUUCAUCAUCACCCGCCUCAUAAUCCUCCCCUUCUGGAUCAUAUACACGACGUGGGUGUACCCCCUGACCCUCUACCCCCCCUUCCUUGGCUUCUACUUCUUCAACGGGCUAAUGUUUGUGCUACAGACUCUGCACAUCUUCUGGGCUGCGCUCAUCUUGCGCAUGGUCGUCAAAUUCCUGCCAGGCAAUGAUAUCGUAGAGGACGAGCGCAGUGAUAAAGAGGAGACAGAGUCAGAAGAGGAAGACGACGAGCAGAGAGAAAAGUUUAGGAACGGCCACGUGCAGAACGGCCACACUGUCUUCAACAACAACCACAGUAAGAAGGACUGAUCGGACUGAGAGAUGAGGAUGUGUGAGGAGUGACGAUGGGCCCUCACAUGUGGCCCUUACCCGAAAAGCCAAAGAACGGGAGCGUGGCAUGUCUAAAGGGGCAACAGGCGGCAGUACACACACACACACACACACACCGACACACACACACACACACACCGACACACUAACACACACACACACACAUCUUUACCCUCCUUCCUGAAACCC